CAAUUUACAACCCUAAUUUUUUUGUUCAUUUGAUUUGAAAUAUCUUUUCUUUCGUCUAUCAUCAUCUUCCUCCUGCCAUCGUCCCUGUUCUCUCUGCAAAUUAGUUUUUUUUUUCCUUCUCAUCUCAGUUCUCACCUGCCGCCGUGUCAAAUCAGUUUUCUUUCUUCUCAUCUCAGUUCUCACCCACCGCCGUGUCCGCUGGUUCUUUCCGGAUCUGACUCGUAUCCCGUGUCGGAUCGUGAAGCAUGGCAUCCAAAGAUGCUGACCCUUCGCUCGGGUAUUUGACCCGUAAAGACACGGAGGUCAAACUCCCUCGACCGACCCGUGUAAAAAAUAAAACUCCGGCACCAAUCCAGAUUACCGCCGAACAGAUCCUCCGAGAAGCUCGAGAACGUCAAGAGGCGGAAAUCCGGCCGCCUAAGCAAAAGAUUACGGACCCAACUGAACUCGCCGACUAUCGCCUCCGCAAACGCAAGGAGUUCGAAGACCUAAUUCGCCGCGUUCGGUGGAACCAAAGUGUUUGGAUCAAGUACGCCCAAUGGGAAGAGUCUCAAAAGGACUUCAAUCGAGCGAGGAGCGUGUGGGAGCGCGCUCUGGAAGUCGAUUACCGGAACCACACAUUGUGGUUGAAAUACGCCGAAGUGGAGAUGAAGAACAAGUUCAUCAACCACGCGAGGAAUGUUUGGGACCGUGCCGUUACGCUCCUCCCGCGCGUGGACCAGCUUUGGUACAAGUACAUCCACAUGGAAGAAAUGUUAGGGAACGUCGCCGGAGCUCGCCAGAUUUUCGAACGCUGGAUGUCGUGGAUGCCUGACCAACAAGGUUGGCUUUCCUACAUCAAAUUCGAGCUCCGUUACAACGAAGUCGAACGCGCCCGUGCAAUUUACGAACGGUUCGUUCAGUGCCACCCCAAAGUCGGAGCUUGGAUUAGAUAUGCCAAAUUCGAGAUGAAGAAUGGGGAGAUUGUACGGGCUAGGAAUGUGUACGAACGUGCGGUGGAGAAGCUGGCGGAUGAAGAAGAUGCAGAGCAGUUAUUCGUUGCAUUCGCCGAAUUUGAGGAACGGUGUAAGGAAACGGAACGAGCUCGGUGUAUUUACAAGUUUGCCCUCGAUCAUAUACCCAAAGGUAGUGCAGAGGAUUUGUAUAGAAAGUUUGUGGCUUUUGAGAAGCAAUAUGGAGAUAAGGAAGGGAUUGAGGAUGCCAUUGUGGGGAAGAGGAGGUUUCAGUAUGAGGAUGAAGUCAGGAAGAAUCCAUUGAAUUAUGAUGCUUGGUUUGAUUAUAUAAGGUUGGAAGAGAGUGUAGGCAGUAAGGGGAGGAUUAGGGAGGUUUAUGAGAGAGCUAUUGCUAAUGUUCCUCCAGCUGAGGAGAAGCGAUAUUGGCAGAGAUAUAUUUACUUGUGGAUUAAUUAUGCUUUAUAUGAGGAGCUUGAUGCUGGGGAUAUGGAGCGGACGAGAGAUGUGUACAGGGAGUGCCUUAAGCUUAUUCCACACGAGAAGUUUUCUUUUGCAAAGAUCUGGCUUCUUGCUGCACAGUUUGAAAUAAGACAGCUCAAUCUCAUGGGUGCGCGGCAAAUCUUGGGAAAUGCUAUUGGAAAGGCACCUAAAGAUAAGAUCUUUAAGAAGUAUAUUGAAAUUGAGCUGCAACUUGGUAAUAUUGACCGUUGCCGAAAACUGUAUGAGAAGUAUCUGGAGUGGGCACCUGAGAACUGCUAUGCAUGGAGCAAAUAUGCUGAGUUAGAAAGAUCAUUAGCUGAAACAGAGCGUGCAAGAGCUAUUUUUGAGCUUGCCAUCACACAACCAGCUUUGGACAUGCCGGAGUUAUUGUGGAAGGCAUACAUAGAUUUUGAAAUUUCUGAAGGUGAAUAUGAACGAACUAGAGGAUUGUACGAGAGACUAUUAGAUCGCACGAAGCACUUGAAGGUGUGGAUUAGUUAUGCAAACUUUGAAGCCUCUGCAAUGGAGGAGAAUGAUGAGAGUUCGGACUUGCCACAAGAUGGGGUUGAGGAAUAUAAUCACGAAGCAAAGAAGGAAUGUGUUCAGCGUGCAAGAAGAGUCUUUGAAAGAGCAGUUAACUAUUAUAGAACGUCAGCACCAGAACUGAAAGAAGAGCGGGCUAUGCUCCUGGAAGAGUGGCUUAAAACGGAAAGCAGUUUCGGUGAGCUUGGUGACAUUAGCGUAGUCCAGUCUAAGUUGCCUAAAAAACUCAAAAAGAGGAAGCAAAUUACGAGUGAAGAUGGUGGUGUUACUGGGUAUGAAGAAUACUUCGAUUAUGUAUUCCCUGAAGAAAACCAGGCGACGAACCUCAAGAUUUUGGAAGCUGCAUACAAAUGGAAAAAACAAAAGAUUACUUCAGAUGAUGAGUAGGAUGAUGAUACGUGUAUUGUAACCCUUUCUUUUGUUGCACUUCCAAAUGUAUACAAGCAUAUGCCCAGCUUAACUGCAUAAUUCUUUAGUGCCUGGAUUUUGUUCUGCUGUAUCUGUGUUUUGGAAAACAAGCUUUUGAGGGGAACUGUUAUGGGAGAAGAUCUUUUGUAAUAUGAAAUGAGUUUAGUAUUGUUUUAGAAAUCUUAGGUUACACUGAGAUUGAUCUAUGAUCACUGGAAUCAAGACUCUAAUUCAUUGCUAUUGCUA